CUCUCCAUUUUUUUAUUUUAAAUAUCAAAAUACGGAAAUAUUCUGCCAUUAUUUAAUGGAAUCUUUAAAUCAAAAAGAAACAAAUGCCGAAAAUUUCAGCAAUGAAAACAACAAUCAAAUUCAAAUUUCAGAGCAACAACAGUCCAACUCUUUGACGGCAUCUUCUUCGUUAUUGGUUAAUUUACGAAAUAACAACAGGAAUCCUGCACUUCAUCCAACUAGAGAGGAUUCUCCCUAUCCUGGACGUGAGGAACUUGCAGCGGCUUCAACAUUAAAUUCUUUAGCUGAAUCGGCAGCAACUGCAUCACUUCGACUUCAGCACCAAAUAAAUUUAAUGGCUCAGGCUAUGGCUACUCCCGGAGUUACAGCUUCUUCAUUUCCGCUUUUAUCAAAUACAAAUUCUAUAUCAUCUUCUCCCCAGCCAUUAAGUGGACAACAACAACCAUCUUUAGUUUGUGAUUCAACUAAUGGACUUUCUACAAUGUUAGGUCAUUAUGUAGCUGCGGCAGCUGCUGUUUCAACUGCUGUUGCUAUACAUCAACAACAGCGUCAAGAUGUAGUCUCUGUAUAUAAUACUUCCCCAAAUCUGGUCACAAGUUAUUCAACACCUCUAUCAACAUAUUUUUCUUCACAGCAACAACAAUCAACAAAUAUAAAUGGUUCAAAUCAAAUCUCUUCUAAUUUUUCACAACAACAACAGAAUUUGGUUAAUACAUCUUCAAAUGACCAACAAAAUUCCGUACCGGUACCUGCUCUUUGUUCCUGUACCUUACCUUCAAUGUUUGCGGCAGCUGCAGCAACAUCUAUGGCCGUUGCUGCUGCUGGUGUCUGUCCUUAUCAUCAAACUUCAAUUGUUCGACCAUUAGUUAAUAACGAUUUACAAAUUGAUUUAAAUAAUAAUGCGGAGACUGGAAUACGUUCAAGGAAUGAAAAUAAUGGAAAUAAUAAUUCUGGUGAAACAGCAAUGUUGGCACAUGGUAGACAACGUCAAGCACAGAUUUUUCAAAUUCCAAAUCCUGGUUUUCAACAACAACAGCAACAACAAUUAAUUUCUUCGCUCCUUCCUUCAACAACCACAAAUUCUGUUGUUCCACCUAUUGGUGUUAUUCAACCAAUACAACAUCGUUCUCCUCCUAACCGAAUAUCACGUUCUUCUGCUGGAAGUUCUUCCUCACUAAAACGUUCAAAUACAACUGCAUUUCCUCCAAAUUUGGAAGCUGUUUCUUCUGCAAUGUUAACAGCUAUAAAUAAUUCAAAUACAAUAAAUGUUUCUUCUUCGUCUCCGCCUUUGCUUUUUGCGAAUCCUACACAAAUUCGGUUGGCUACAGGUGAAGCAUUAAAUGUUGCUUUAGCAGCAGGAGGAGGAAAUCAAGGAAGUGAUGAAUUUAAUGAAGGCCCAAGUCGUGCUCCAAAAUUACGUCGUAUUUUGUCUUUUGAUGAAGAUGUAUCUGAAAUAAAUGAAUCUGUCAGUCCAACAACUGUUCCUUCCAUUACUACCAUUUCAGAAGCGGAUAUUGAGGCUACGAGUAAUGCUACGGCUGCCGCUCUUGUUCAAAUUAGACAACGAGCACAAACAUUGGCUGCCAUUUCAACACCCCUCAAUGAAGUUCUAUCAAUUGCAAACUCAAUAACACCUAAUGCGAUUCAAUCAUCAGCAUUAACUUCAUUACAACAAAAUCCAACUGCUCUUCCUUUACAAAACCAACAGGCUGCCGCCGUGGCUGUGGCAGCUGCUUCAACUGUUGCCGCAGGGAUGGAACAUAUUGUAGCGGCUGCAUUGAGUGCUGCUAAUGCUGCAUCUGCUCUUUCUCCACAAGCAUUGGCUGCAAUUACGGGUGCAACAGCAGCCGUGCAAUGUGCUGUUUGUGCUGCAGCGGCGUGCCAGUCACGAUUGUCAAAUCCCGGUGCAACCCCAGCAGCUGUAACUGCUUGUAGUUGUCUCCAUCACCAUCAUCACCAUUUACAUUGUCACAACCACCAAACACUUCUACCACAUCAACCACCUCCUAUUUGUACUCUUUGCAACUCUAAUGUGACAAAUGGUCCACCAACGCCAUCUGUUAUUAAUAAUCAAAACAACAACAACAGUGCUACAGUAGGGAUUCAAGUUGAUAAUCCAAAUGUUGGUGUGGUUCGACCUCAACAGGGAUAUUUGCAUCAAUCUCGUCCGUCAGCUCUCAGCCUCUGCCCAUCUUCAAGUUCAAAUCUAAAUAGUUUGCUCAGUUCUGUUCCUUCAUUUGAACUACUAAACAGUGUAAAUACUGAUGAGUCUAAUCAACAGUCACAAAGAUUCUUGCUAAAUGCAAACAAUAUUACCCAAUCAUUUGGUCAAUCAAACGGUGCAUAUCAAUUACUUUUGGAUGCUUACAACACCAAUAAUAUGCAAAGACAACAACAGUCGACUUCUGUAAGUAUCGGAAUAAAUAUUGGAUCCUCAAGUUUAUCGACUUCAAAUUCUUCUCAUCAACGUGAUCUUUCAACAUCUUCAGAUUCACAAGGACAGGCAAUGAUAAACUUACAACAACAAGUUAAUGCACAGCAACAAGCUAUGAAUUUACAACAACAAGUAAUGAAUAGACAAGCUGCAUCUCUUUCACCUUCUGCUGUUACAGCAAUGUUGUUGAACAGUGCUGCAGCUAUGGGACAACAACAAACGAUGCAAGCAGUUCCUGCCCAACAACAGCAGCAAAUGCCGUCUUUGUAUAGUCUGCAACGUGGUGCGACUCUUAAUGAAACCAAUUUGUUAGCACAAGUUCAAGCUCAACAAAACAUGAAUACUGUUCAUCAAAGUAUUUUGGCUAUUCGUUUGGCACAGCAGGAGCGUGAGAGAGAAACAGCUAACCACUUUUACCAGCAACAACAACAAAUCCAACAAAGAACGGCUCAGGCAGCGGCACAGCAUCGUCAUUUAAUGCGACCUCUUUUUUCGAUGCCACAAGCUUUGCCUGUUCCGAUGACACAAAUGGAUUUGUCAAGUCUCGUACUUUUACACAAUCAUCCUGGUGCCGAAACUUCAUUAGUUCUUAAUGGUGGUGGUUCUGCUUUGUCUACUGCUACUAACCCUCAUCAUAUUGUUGCAAAUGCAAUGGCUGCAGCUACAGCGGCUGAGCCUCAGCCAGUUGGUGCAACAUUGGAACAGAUCAAAAGGCACUCGCAAAAGCUAUCCUAUGUUGAAGAUCCAAAUACCCCUGAGCAAGAACGCGAACGUUGCACAAUCUGCCUUUGCGAAUUCGAAACGGGGGAUGAAUUGCGUGGUCUAAAUUGUGGACAUCUCUUCCACAUGGAAUGUAUUGACCCUUGGUUACAACAAAACAAAAAGUGUCCACUCUGCCGUGUUGAUAUGGAUAAAGGGAUUAGUGUGCCCGGAAGUAGUAAUGCUUUGAUAGGUGUUGGUUCUGCUGCUGAAGCUGCAGUUAUUUUAAAUGCUGCUGCUUAUGCUCAAGCUUCUGCUACUUCUAGUACAGCGUGUUAA